AUGGCUGAGGCUGGGACCAGGCUGGAGCACCACACCUUGGAGCCGCGGAACCUCUCCUCAUCGGAGGCCGCCGUCGCGGACUUCGGGGACGACCCGGACAGCUUCUGGUGGGGCAUAGCGACCGCUCCGGCGCACCAGGAGGACGGCCUGGACGACGCUUGGCUCCGGUUUGCUCGCGAGGGCAACGUGCGAGCGUGGACCAACGUGCCGCGGGCCGAGGAGCGGCUGCGCGCGUGGAGCGAGCCGGAGACGGACAUCCGCCUUGCCGCCGGCCUCGGUGUGCAGGUCUACCGGAUGGGCGUUGACUGGGGCAGGCUGGUGCCUCACUGCCGGCUGGACGAGCCGGACGCGCGAAAGUGCCGGAUCCAGAACGUGGCGGCGCUGGAGCGGUACGAGCGCAUCCUCCGGAUGGCGCGUGGCUACGGCAUGAAGGUGAUGCUCACUCUCUUCCACCACUCCUUCCCUAUCUGGGGGACCUGGCCGUCGGCGGAUGUGCUCGCCGCAGCCAACGACCGCUUCACGGCGCGCCGCCCCCGCACCCGCCACGGCCACCGCUGCGGCCAGCGCGGCAUGCAGUGCGGAGGCGCGGCCUGGGCGCGAGACCCGCACUGGCACCCGCGCUCGAGCGGCUCCGGCACAGGGGCGAUGUGGCAGCACCCGAACGCGGCGUCUCUCUUCGUCGCCUUCGGCGUCGACGUCGUCGAGCGGCUAGGCCACCUCGUCGACUUUUGGGUCAUCUUCAACGAGCCAGUCAUCUACACCUCCCUCUCGCACUGCAUGGGCAUGUGGCCGCCCGGACCACCUAUCACGUCGAUGGCUGUCAAGGUCAACUGCCUCACCAACCCGGAGACGGGAUCGCUCAAGGCGCAGCUUAACAUGGUGGCGGCGCACCGGCGGCUCUACGGGCUCAUCCGUGCGACAGAGUCGCGGCGCGGCUGGAGGAUGGCGCCGGUCGGCGUGGCGCACUUGCUGAUGGACACGCGGCCCUACUCCAACUACGGCGAGCAAUCCGGCAAGCUCGACGAGGCGACAGAGCUCUUCCUGAAGCUGUUUGCGCGCUACCUCUUCAUCGACAUGCUGCGCGACGUCCUCGACUUUUGCGGCAUCAACUACUAUGGCGAGGAGGUGAUCCAGAACUUCGAGCCCGCGACGUUGCCGCACGAGGUCGAGUACUCUGGCAACGGGCGAGGCAUCUCCGCGACCGGCAUGGUGAACGUGCUCGCGCAGUUCCACUCGCGCUACCAGGACGACGACCAGGCCCGUUUCGUCGGCCCGAGCGGCUACGGCUACGUCAUCACCGAGAACGGCAUCGCCGACGGCUCCGACCCAGCCGCGGGCCAGGGGACGACUCGCCGAGAUGGGCCUAGACCGGCCGAGGCUCACUCUUUAGGCUCCGACCUGCUGCGGCCGGCGUACAUCAUCGAGCACCUCGCAGCGCUGCACCAUGCCCGCUCCGUCCUCGGCGUGCCCGUGCGGGGAUACAUCCACUGGACAGUCACCGACAACUGGGAGUGGGCCGACGGCUACUGCCCAAAGUUUGGGCUCGUCGACGUCGACCGCGACUCGCCGAGCUUGUGA